UCUCCCCCAAAGCAGUAAAACCCAUCGAAAGUACAAAACCCUUCUCGCCUCCGCCGCCGCCGCCGCUUGCCGGCGGAGCCCGUAGAACCCCGAGUCCUCUAUAGAGUAUAGACCCCUUCUCGUGAGAACCCUCAUGGCGCUCCUCCUGCGGCGAGGUGCCGCAGUCGCCGCCCGCACCCUGCGCGCUGCCGCCGCCUCCUCAGCUUCCACCUCCGUCCACCGCCUACCGACCGCCGGAUCCCUUGCCGCCGCAAGAAACCUGCCCACCACGCAGUUUUUCCUCCUUGAGAUCCGGAGAGGCUUCGCGAAAGGGAAGAAAUCGAAGAAUGAUAGUCGAAGUGAUACCGUUGAAGCCGCUCCUGAUAUCGGGCCGACUGUCAAAUCGGCCGCGACUGCACAAAUGGACACUGCCGUCGUUGCGCUGUCGCGAGAGCUGAGUAAACUUCGGACAGGGAGAGCUUCUCCUGGCAUGCUUGACCACAUCAUGGUGGAAACUGGGGAUGUUAAAGUUGGAUUGAGUCGUAUUGCUGUUGUUUCUGUCCUAGAUUCGCAUACCCUAUCAGUGAUGCCCUAUGAUCCUAAUACAAUGAAGUCUAUUGAGAAUGCAAUCGCUUCAUCUCCAUUGGGCAUCAAUCCAACACCUGACGGCAGUAGGAUUAUUGCAGCUGUACCUCCAUUGACGAAAGAGACUAUGCAGGCAAUGUGUAAGGUUGUUACUAAAUCUGCUGAGGAUUUCAAGCAAAGUAUUAGAAGAGCACGCCAAAAGGCACUUGAUACAAUAAAGAAAUCUUCAUCUAGCAUGCCAAAGGAUGAUAUAAAGCGACUCGAGAAAGAAGUCGAAGAAUUGACCAAGAAGUUCAUCAAGUCGGCAGAUGAUAUGUGCAAGGCCAAGGAGAAGGAAAUCUCUGGAAGCUGAACCUGUCCAUCUAGCUGAUGUUCUUUCCUUCGUUCACCUUACACAACUUAAAUACCAGUGAUGUUGAGCCACUGAGGUGCUGCAGCCAUAUCAACGAUUAAUUUAUUUUCUUGUGGCAUUGUUAGCAAUUCAAAACAAUGUGAUAGCCAGGACAAGCUGGCAGGUUUGGUGAUGGAACUUGGAUUAUGCUGUAGGUAGUCACGAAUUGAUACUUUGAGAAUGAAAGCUGGUUUAUUGUGAGUCUGUGACCAGCAUGGCUUCUCCUGUUCAGCUGUAGACUAUGUCCAUUAUGGCUAAAUUCUUUCCUGGCCA